AUGACGACAAUGGACCUCCGCGUCGGCAACAAGUACCGUAUCGGCCGCAAGAUCGGUAGCGGCUCCUUUGGUGACAUCUACCUUGGCACCAACAUCAUCUCUGGCGAGGAGAUUGCCAUCAAGCUCGAGAGCGUCAAGGCCAAGCACCCCCAGCUCGAAUAUGAGGCUCGCGUCUACAAGUCGCUGGCCGGCGGCGUCGGUAUCCCCUUCGUCCGCUGGUUCGGCACCGAGUGCGACUACAACGCCAUGGUGCUCGACCUCCUUGGCCCCUCGCUCGAGGAUCUGUUCAACUUCUGCAACCGCAAGUUCUCGCUGAAGACGGUUCUGCUCCUUGCCGACCAGCUCAUCUCCCGCAUCGAGUACAUCCACGCCAAGUCGUUCAUCCACCGUGAUAUCAAGCCGGACAACUUCCUCAUGGGCAUCGGCAAGCGUGGCAACCAGGUCAACGUCAUCGACUUUGGUCUUGCCAAGAAGUACCGUGACCCCAAGACUCACUUCCACAUUCCCUACAGAGAGAACAAGAACUUGACUGGUACCGCCCGUUAUGCCAGCAUCAACACCCACCUGGGUGUCGAGCAGUCCCGCCGUGACGACAUGGAGUCCCUGGGCUACGUGAUGCUCUACUUCUGCCGCGGCUCCCUUCCCUGGCAGGGCCUGAAGGCGGCCACCAAGAAGCAGAAGUACGACCGCAUCAUGGAGAAGAAGAUGACGACCCCCACCGAGGUCCUGUGCCGUGGCUUCCCCAACGAGUUCGCCAUCUACCUCAACUACACGCGCUCGCUCCGCUUCGACGACAAGCCCGACUACUCGUACCUGCGCAAGAUCUUCCGCGACCUUUUCGUCCGUGAGGGCUUCCAGUACGACUACGUCUUCGACUGGACCGUCUACAAGUACCAGAAGAACGCCCAGGCCAUUGCCCAGGCCGCCGGUAACCAGGCCCAGCCCGACGAGGAGGACAAGGUCCGUGGCCGCCAUGUCACCAACACCGCCGCUGCCACCGCUGGCCCGACCGCCGCCGCCGGCACCAUCACCGACAAGCGUCGUGGCCCCGUCAACCCCCGCGAAGGUGGCACCGGAAUGCAACUUCGUUCGUCCAAGCGCAAUGACCAGUACCAGCCCGGCUACUGA